AUGGUGGUUCUGAAGGGUAUACCGUCCGUGCUGUCCCCGGAGCUUCUGUACACACUGGCCCGCAUGGGGCACGGGGAUGAGAUCGUUCUUGCAGAUGCGAAUUUCCCAGUGUCCUCAAUAAGCCGCUCUGGACCAGAACUUAUUCGAGCAGAUGGCUUAGGAAUUCCUAGACUUUUGGAGGCCAUUUUGCAACUUUUCCCUAUGGAUACCUAUGUCCCUGAACCCGCAGCUGUAAUGGCCCUUGUGGACAGUGAUAAAGAGAGAGGCCUGAAAGUACCAGUGUGGGAUGAGUACAAGAGACUACUGUGCAAAGCUGGAUGUGAGGCUCCCCUAGAAAAAGUGGAAAGAUUUUCUUUUUAUGGAAGAGCAAAAAAUGCUUUUGCUAUUGUGGCCACAGGGUAA